AUUUCCUUCAGCGCUGGUCUGGAUGAGCUGCUGCAGUUCUAGGUGACACGUACCGCAAAGGUGCGAUUAGGCCUCUCUAAACUUCAGAUAAUUAUUAAAAAAGGCUGCAUUUCACUAUGUAAACAUCUUCACAGAGCUUUGGCUUAGCACGAGGACCAAAUACAUCCGGAUUCGUUACUUUCUUUAAACUGUUGAAUGUAUUUGGAAAACUUGGGAAACAUUUCAGAUAUAUAUGUCGUUUGAGCAACAGUCCAGAAAUAUAAUGUUUCAAGAGGAAUCUCGGAGGGGACAAAGUUGUUUCUAUACUGAACAGUGAAGAGGAAAUCAUUCCCAGGGACGUUUCUGUGGAAUCCAGGAGAGGAGGGAACAUGGGCAACGGCGUGUGCUCAAGGAAGCAGAAGAAGAUUUUCCAAUCUCUCUUACUGGUCACGGUGGUGUUCGGAAUGAUCUAUGGUGGGAUGGUGUCUUAUGAGAUGCACAAACAGCUGAAGAGGACAGAAGAGAUGGCCCUGAAAUAUCAGCAGCACCAGGAGUCUCUUUCCGCUCAGCUUCAAGUUGUGUACGAGCAUCGCUCUAGGUUGGAGAAGUCUCUUCAGAAGGAGCGGCUUGACCAUAAAAAAGCCAAAGAAGAUUAUCUUGUGUAUAAAAUAGAGUCUCAGCAGUCUCUCAACAAAGAAAAGCAAGAUGCCAGUGUCAGGUUUAAUUCUAUGCAUUCCCAGCAUCAGAUUUUGAAGAACCAGCAUGAGGACCUAAAAAAGCAGUAUUACGAACUACAAGAGCGACAUCAGCUACAAGGAGAUGAACACAACAAGGCACUAGAUGAGCAUAAACUGAGACUUGGCCAGCUUCAUCAGACCAAAGAGUCUGAGAUUUCUAAGCUCAAAGAGAAUGAAUUAAACCUACGUGAAGAAAACAAGCAGUUGAGAAAAGCUCAUCAGGACAUCUAUGUGCAACUUCAGGAUACCAGGCAACAGCACAAGAACCUAAAAGCCAGCCACGACCAGCUUGUGUUGACCCUGGAGGACCACAAAAGUGCGCUAGCUGCGGCACAGGUUCAGGUGGAUGAAUAUAAACAGCUGAAAGAGACGCUCGGUAAGAUGCCCAGUCUAAAACAUGCCGCAGGCCAACCCCAGCAACAUGAAGCUGUUCAGCCCGUCCAGAAUCAGAACGUAGAAGAAAACAAUCAACCACGCGAUGCUCAGCCAGAGAUGGAGAAACACCACGAGGACGAGAAGCCCCAAUCGCACGACAGGGAGGAGGUUGGCGAAAUGGGAGGAGCCGAGGAGAGGAGGAGAGAGCUGGCAGAGGAGGAGAUGGAGCAGGCGGGACAACCUCAGAAACUAGAGGAGGAGUUUGAUGUGCCGCAUAAUGAAGUGGAGGAGGAGGAGCCACAGGCCAACCAACCAGAUGAAAACGCGCUAGAAAGGGAGCAACGUCACGUUAAAGAGGUGGCGCCAGCGGAGGUGGAGCGGGUGAAGUCUGCCUACGAACAGCAGCAGGAGCAGCAGCGUCUGGCUGCGCAGCUGGCAGAGGAGCGCAAACAGUUACACCUGCGUCAGGAAACCCUGCAGAAACAGCAGCUGCAGCAGCAGAAGGAGAGAGUGGAAAGAUUACGUCUGCAGAGAGAGAGAGAGGAACAGCUGAACAGAGAAGCCGAUCUCAAAGAGCAAAAACUCCAGCAGGAGAUGCUCCGGAAAAAAGCACAGUAUGAAAACAUAGAUGCUGAUAUAGUCCAGGGAGAAGAAGAUGCACAGAUAGCUGAGGAGAAAGAGGAGAACGUGCACCAUGAGGAGCCUGGGCAGGAUGAAGAGGACCAUGCUCAACAGGAGGAUGAGCGACCUGUAGGAGCGGAUGUUGAUCCAGAGGACGACCCCAACAAUCAGGGUGAGGAUGAGUUUGAGGAGGCAGAGCAGCAGCGGCAUGCCCAUGAGGAAGAGGAGGAGGAAGAGCCAGCACCCGUAGGCAACCCCAACAUGCACCUGGCCGUCGAGAAUCAACACCAGCCGCCUGCUGAAGAACAACUUGUGAUGGCUGGAAACCCAGACCAACAGGAAGAUACUCUGGAUGAGCAGUACCAGGAAGAAGGCGAUGAUGAGGCUCAAGAUGAGCCGGUUGAAAAUCAGAAGCAUGAGGCGAUGCGAGAAGAAGGAGGAGACCCGUAUAAUGAAGAGAAUGCAGAACAGGAAGAGGUCAGAGGUCAGGGUGUAAAGGAGGAUAAUCAACUCAUCCAACAUCACAAUGAGGAGAACUAUGAGGAUGAAGAGGAGGAGGAAGAAGGCAAUGGGGAUAAACCCCCCAUUCGCAGGGCAGAAAUGUGAGGCGAUUGAAAGGAAGGACAGCCAAUCGCUGCCAAAUUUGGAUUGGGUUUCCCACACCAUCCUCUAAACAUUGUGCCAGGAGAUCGCUCAGUUGGGUCGUUCUGAUGAAUAGGAAAUCUGAUUUUCUUCCAGUUUGUGUAACUCUGAAACCGAGAUGCACCAAAACGACCAACUACACAGAGCAAACACCUGCUGUCGGCCUUUACUGUAUGUCUGUCUGUCGUUUCUUCUUCUAAGGAGCAGUGAAUAAGUUCAGUUUAAAUGCUGUUAUAUCUUGCGUUUGAUUUCUUUGGCUGGACGAAAAUCUGAAAGCAUAGAUUUCAACCACCAGAACCACCACUUGCACUGAAACAUUUGCCAUUUUUGUUCAGUUGUGGCUCCACAUACAAGAAAUAUUCCAUCUUUGAAGUAAACCCUUUAAAAAAACAGUCUCAUUUUAAGUCAAGACCGAUCUUGAUGGACUGGCAGCAGUCACCAAUCAGCCUUAAAUCCUCACCAGGUCCUGCCCAAACUUGUGUUGGGCGCAAAAAUGCAACGCAGAAAUAUUGUAUCAUGGGUGAGUUUGGCAAGGUGCUUGGGUCAACAGAUGUCACUACAAUAAUGUUUACAUGUAAUUCAAGGAGAUAAUUGUAGCUGUUGAACGUCAUUUUUAAAUGCUGUACUGUACGUGCUUAUUUACCAUACUGAUGCAUAAACAUAAACCAAAUUCAUUUAGUUAAACAUGAUUUUUAUUUACUUUUCACAAAGUGCCUCGUAGAUAUCAUAGGAAAAACUUCCUCAAAUGCUUCCUAUCUUGCCAGGAUGAUUUAGUUUUUGAUAUCUUUGUCGAAUGUCUCCGUUAUGGAAAAGUAUUUGUAUUGAAUUUUUAAUUCUUUCUUUUCAAGUCGACCUGCCAACUACUAUUCUAGAAUAAACUAGUUCUAGUGUUCUACGUGCUACUGGACUUGGUCCUCAAGUCUUUUUGUUACUGUUAGUCUUUAACAUAUGACAUUAGACAGCAGAGAUAUGAAUGGCACAUUAAAAAUGACAAUUAAUAAGAGACAUACUAUUCAGAUGUAGAAUUUGAAUAUGCAAAAAGUUAACAACAUGUUUGGAUUAGCUUACUCAAUAUGAUUUGUUCUGAAUGUAUGCUAAAUCACUACAAUAUUGCAUUUUAUUUAUUUUGUCUUGUAUUUACUUGGCUUUUUUAUAUUAUAUAAAAUGAAAUAAUCUUGUUUUGUCACCUUUGUUAUCUUCUGGGACGCAUAUGAUUUUUAGGUUUAUUAGUUGAAGUGGUCAGCUUUAAUACUUUAUAUUUAAAAUGAAUAUAUGUUUAUAGAUUUUUUUCUGUUCUGCAAGUGAUUUACAUUGAAAUAUUUUUGUGCUGUUUUGUCGAUAAUGGCAUUGUGAGCAGAAUAAAAAUUGGUGAAGGAUUUAA